AGUAUGGCGGCAGCGACGGAUGUGGAUACCCCGAGCGGCACCAACAGCGGCAAGGGCAAGAAGCGCUUUGAAGUGACAAACUGGAACGCAGUAGCCCUCUGCACCUGGGACGUUGAGGUUGAUAACUGUGCCAUCUGCAGGAACCGCAUUAUGGAUCUUUGCAUAGAAUGUCAGGCGAACCAGGUAUCUGCCACUUCAGAAGAGUGCACCAUUGCGUGGGGAGUCUGUAAUCAUGCUUUUCACUUACACUGCAUCUCUCGCUGGCUCAAAACACGGCAGGUGUGUCCGCUGGACAACAGAGAGUGGGAAUUCCAAAAGCAUGAGCACUAGAAAAAGAAUAUUCUCCAUCAAGCUCAACUGUUUUGUUACUCAUUUAAUGACUUGCCCUCCUGUUACUUAAUUGUAAGUU